CUUCCGCUUCCGGGACUGGCAACAUGGGCUCUCCUGAGGAGCAGUCUAUUCCAGGUGAUGAUUUUUAUGAGGAGAGUGGAGACCUCAACACGGGCUUGAGCCUUGCCAAGAGCACCGAGGGUGAAAGCAGACUCUCAAGUCCCAAAGGCAGCCAGCUCACGUUGGUGUCCCAGCUGGACGCAUCAGAGAACCCACCCGUGGUGCUUUGGGCCGGAGGAUACUGGCCAGAUUCCCUGGUGCCCGAGGAAGAGAGGGUAGGUUCCCCAAUGGAUGAAAAGGUGGUUGGUUUGAACUUCCUCUCCCAACCCAGUGUAGAGACUGCAGCCACUGGGCAGCAGGUGACCAAUCUAGAGACAAAGGGAACCAGAGAACACCCAUCCCCAGAGAGCCUUUGUGCUGAGACAGAGGCAGGCUCCAGCAGGAGAGCUCCGCAAUCUUCUGGCUCCGAGGAGGCAAAGGCAGCCUCUGCUGGCACUUUCUUCCCCAAGGGACUGGAGCAAAGCAGAGCUUGGGUCACCCCGAGGAAGAGUACCACUAGUAGAAUGGUGAUCGGCGAGAAUGUCCACCACCCCACUUCCGAACCUGAACCAUUAGACGAAUUAAAUGAAGUACAGAUGAUGAGAGUGACCAUUUGCCUUAAAGAUGGGAACCAUGGGAACCACGGGAACCAGGCUAAGAACAGUGGCCCAGCAGAAACUGGAGACCUAGCUAGACACUCAAAUGUCCAGACCAGGGACAGUUUCAUGCGGAUGCCCUCCUCCCUGCUGGUCUCUACUACCCGGGGACUUACUUCUGGCGUGGAAAGACAGGCCUCGAAAGAGCUGGAACCCUUUUCCUCUAAGAAAAAGCAAGGCACCUUAUGGGGUAAGGGAGGAAGCAAGUCCAGCUACCCAGAGGCUGCUGCUGGCGUAGGUGCCCUGCCCAAGGCCAGUCCUAGAAAGAAGAUGGCCCAGAAGAAAAAACCCCUGUGGGACGCCUCAGCAGUUACCCUGGGGAGAGCUUUCCAUCAAUGGGGCCAGAGACUGAAGUCAGCUCCUGCAGAACCAGCCACCUUCCCCCCAAUCUCUGGUGUUGGCCUGCCUGGGAGAUCCAAUAAAUGCUCAUUGCUGCCUUUAAGACCCAAACAGUGCAAGAACUUAUACACUGGGAAGAGAUCUGGGGCAAAGAAGACAAAGGAGUUACAGUUGGUAGCAAAAGAAGACACUGACUCAACCAGAGACCCCAGCUCACAGGUUCAGUUUCCAACACACAGGGCAGAGCCGCCUUGCCAGAGUGUGCAUCAAGAAUUCAACAGCGGGGAUAUAAACGCCCGAAGCCUCCAGGAUGCAGGAAACUCUCAGUCCUCAGCCCUGAACCAGAGAGGCAUCGUGUCCAAGAAAUCUGCACCCUCUGGUGACCAGGAAGAACCUGUGGGUCUCCCAGUCCCCGAUUCAGAGAUACUGCAACUACCUGUAACACAAGGCUGUCCCCGUUGUCCAGAGUUACAGAAGGAAAUAGAGGACCUCAGGAAACAAUUGUCAGCCCUGCAGGCUGUCAGUGAGAAGUUCCAGACCCAUUCAAGUUAAACCCAACGUGUCCACAAGACAAGCAGCUGAUGUGGCUCCUACUCCUCCUCCUGAUUCUCCCUGCCUCUUGCUGCUGCUUUCUUUGCCCCCUGCCCCUUUCCGAGUCGUUUCGAAUUCAAAUACUUCCCAGGAAGGAAAAUAAAAGUUUGUGAUAGAAAGUAAAUAAAGA